UGGCUAUUAUAGCAGUAAAUCAGCCAAGACUUGCAGAUGCACAUUCUUAUCCAACUUUAAUGAACGACUUACCCCGAAUGCGGCGCUUUUCUGGUCAGUAUUGGUCGAGAUCGGCAUGGCUGUCGAUGAGCAGAUUCACGAAGAGGCUAUCAUUGAAAGGACUAUAAAUGAUCUCAUGGAACAUGGAAUCAUCUAUCCUACUAGUAAGAUAGAAUCAAGAUGGAUCCAUGUGUUGCCUUAUGGAUAUCCAAUCCCAACGCUGAAUAGAGAUGAGGAGUUUGGUAGUUGGCGAUACGAAGUAGCAAAUCAGGAUCAUAGUUUCACAAUGGGUGCUGAUGUAGUCGACAAAAUCCUGUAUGGAAAAGAGGAGAGCAUUUAAUG